UAUACGCGUAUUGUUGCGGUGGCUCGCGUACAGUGUGUGUGUUGGGGGCAGCAAAUUUGAAUUGCUCUUGCGCGAAACAGCGCAUCUGCUGUUGUAUUUUGUCGGCUUUGUGGAGCAAACUCGCUGUCAAAAGUCGGUCCGGAAAAGGGUGAUUAAUUCGGUUGCCGAUAAUCCUACCCUCCAAAAAAAAAACCAACAAGCGAUGGAAUUGUGAACGGCCGUGCUUUCGACGAUGGUUCCGAAGCAUGAUUGCGCUGUGACGAUGGUUGUGGCGUAUUGCUGCAGUGUUUUCGUCAUCCCGUAGUGUUGUGUUGUGUAGUGCACGGUACAGGGACGGUUGCUGCGGGCCACAGGGGCUACCCGCGGUAGGAAGUAAAGUUUGUGGUCUGUUUUUUUUUGUGUGCGAGUGAUUGUGUGAAAGUGUUUUUCUGUGGCCGGAGGGACGGCCCUGAAAGGCAACAACAGCAAGAGCAGGGCCAGCGUUUAUCAAUUACUCAACCGCGACUGUGUAGUACAACCGCCAGCCUUGCCAGCUAGCUACCAGGCCGAAGGUGGGGGUCACAUUUGCUAAGAUGGCUUUCGUCAAAGAUCCCUGCGGUAUUGUUUGCGUGCUGGUCACCUAUAUGGCUGUCCUGUACGCGGACUAUGUGGUAACGCAUUGGAUAAUACUGCAAACGAUGCCCAACAGUCUAUGGGCACCGUUUCAUGUGGUUGCGUUCAACACGAUCGUGUUUCUGCUGGCAAUGGCACAUCUGAAGGCGGUCCUGCUAGAUCCGGGUACGGUUCCGUUGCCCCAAAUCCGUAUCGACUUUUCGGACCUGCACUCGGAGAAAAACUAUGGACACGAGCGGGAAGAGUGGACGAUGUGCACCCGGUGCGAAACGUACCGUCCGCCGAGGGCCCACCAUUGCCGGAUCUGCAAACGGUGUAUCCGGCGCAUGGAUCAUCACUGUCCGUGGAUUAACAACUGUGUCGGCGAACGCAACCAGAAGUAUUUCCUCCAGUUCCUGAUGUACGUGUGUGCGCUUGCCGUUUACUCGGUCGUGCUGAUCGUAAUUUCGUGGCUGUAUCCGUGCGAGGAUUGUCACGUGGACGUGUCCCAGGCACAGAGCCGCAUGAUGCACAGCGUGCUGCUGUUGCUAGAAUCGGCCCUGUUUGGGCUGUUCGUGAUAGCGAUCAUGGUCGAUCAGAUGCAUGCGAUCCUGUACGAUGAGACGGCGGUGGAAGCGGUACAGCAGAAGGGACCGUACCGCAUCCAUCGGCCCAAGAUGGCCCUGCUGGCGGAGGUUUGUGGCCGGGGACAUCCGAUGCUGUGGAUGCUUCCCUGUACGAGCUUAAAUCGGAAGCAUCACGAUGUGCCGCUGCUGAGCCACGAUGUGUGAAUCUGUACGGGCAAGCUGUGUAAUUGUAGAGUAGAGAGGGAAGCAAUUGGCCGCAGCGGGAAAGGGGAAGCACGUGCAAAACACGAGAGAGAGAUAGAGAGAGAGAGAGAGAGAGAGAGAGAGAGAGAGAGAGAGAGAGAGAGAGAGAGAAGACAAAUUCCUACCAAAUGGAAGGCUCACCUAACCGACAGACCGACAGCCAGCCAGCCAGCCAGCCAAUUGGCGCCAAGCAUUUGCGAGCCCAUUUGCAUGAUCGUGCAUUUAUGAUCGUACGCGUGUACCCUGCGCUAAUUAGCGUUUUUGUUUUUGUCUUCCCCGCAAAAAUCCAUUACCCCGGGGGCGGGUGUGUUUUGUGUGGAACGUUCCCAUGGUGCAAAUUCCUUCGCGUGACCAAAGACUCGGGCAAAAACAGGGUCGUGUAUUGCUGCCCCUUAUCGACGCGAGAAUACGCGAGGCUCUAGAUCGUUGCAUCGUUUUCGUAAUGUUAAUUUAUUCGCUUUGCCGUUGUUUUUCUGUUGGUUCUUACUAUUGUUUGGGGCAGCAAAACGGGAGUUUAGAAUUUUUUGAGGCUUCUUCCGAUUCCGUCAGAAGCUUGCGUAAGGUAUUUAAGCAAUAGCAGUUUAACUUUAUUCUUAACUUAUACCCCCUACCCGCGGGACUGGAUGAACUGGAUAAUCUUGAACCCUAAAAGGGACUGCAUUACAGUCCAGUCAAACAAACAAAAGAAUUGUCUAGGAAUUGAUGUUACAAUCUUGUGCACCAAAGUAGUAGCGGGAGCCGAACCUUAAAGAACAACUGCUGCUAACAACACACACACACAGGGGUCAGGGUGUAUUUUUGUAUACCUUUUUCAGUACUAGCUCGAGCCUGAUAUUAUAAUUAACUUAUAAAGAAAAAAAACCGCAAUCGAGUUAAGUUAGUAGUAUUAGGGAAAAUUGCAACAAAAGGAAAAGGAGGAAGGUUCGGUUCUGUAUAGCUAGAUUUAAUUUUGUUUGUAAACCUUUUUUUUCUGUCUAGUUGUUAGUAGAGCUCGGAUUGUGUUUAAAAUAGCUAUCACGAACAAAGUGACCAACCGUGGUUUCCUAUUGAACGACAACUCUCUGACCUCGUAUUGAACAAAAGCAACAAUCACGAAACGUUAGAUGCAUUUAACACUGUUGCCGGUUUUAUGCCUUAUCGUAGCGAACAUCGCGCACAUCCCAACACACCUGCGAUAGGCAAUAGAUAGGCACAAGCUCUCCAAUUCAUUUAACCUUUUUUUUCUCUCUCUAGCAGAAAUCAAGAACCACAUCCUUUCGAUCCCGCUCGAUCGAUUCGUAACCUCGAGCUUAAACUGCUUCCUAUUGUUGAUUACUUUCUAGACUUUCGGUUGUGUUGUGUUAAUUGUGCUCAAAUCAGUCGUUCAUCAUUCGCUUCGUUUUCGGAACUCCACUGGAGGUUGUGUUUGGUGUGUACAUACGGUUUAUAGUAUUAUGAAAAAAAUAGCGGAAAACACCGAAUGUAUUUUUAAGCUCAUCCAUACCGCUUACAAUUUAGCACCUUUAGCUUACACGGGUAUGUUGCCACGGGUGUGUUCGGCCUUUUGUUUCUUGUAUUCAAAUAUUUAAUUCUUAAAGCACACGUGUGUGUUUAACCACUUCUCGAAACCAUUAUGCACGUAGAUUUUGCAAAAGGCAGACCGAUAGUUUAAACUGUGUGUAUGUGUUUAGAAAUGAGCAAUAGCGACAAAUCCAAAUCCCACUGCCCACUAGAGUGGGCCCCUACCGAGAAAACCUCUGCUGGCUCGCAGUGGCUGUAAAUAGUUGUUCAUCCAAUUUUGAGAUUAAUCACACCAUCAUUUCGAAAGAGGGACCGCAUUGCGGUGUAGCUUUUUUAACAAAGACAAACAACAACACUACUAAAUGCAGGAACUGUAUUCCAAACGGUGUACCCUUGCGCAACAAUGAAUAUGUGUUUUUUUUGUAAUACAUCCGUUUUACACAGCAGCAGCAAUAGUAAACUGCUGCCGGAAACUUAUACAAACAGUAGGUUGAGGAAUGCGUCCUGAGAGUAGAGAAGCAUCUACCACGUUUACGCCCGUUUUUUCGUGAAUGGACUCACCCGGAUCAGCAACAACAACAACUAAUACUACUACUGCAUCAAUAUUAUACUAUAUAAAUAUAUUUUGUGAUCCACAAAUAAAUGUAUCAACCUGAUGUGCAAUUAAAUGUGCUUUCGUA